CAAAUGCAGCAGUUUCGGCCAUGAGUCUGAACCACUCUUUAAACUCUGUAUUGUGAGGGCUCUUCCAACUACGGAGAAUAAGCCUAGCUGCAAUAAUACAGCCUGUUAUUAUCAGUGCAGAUUCUGCUUUGGUAACACCAGAUGGCACUAGAGAAAAGUCCCCUAAAAGACACAGCUGAGGAGACUCUGGAAGAGGUUGUUUAAGCCAGCCUUCAAAACUUUUCAACACCGUUCUCCAAAAAGGUAAAGAUCAGCGGUGUGUUUACGCAUCUUCAUCACCACAUUAAGAAAAACAUCCAAUCUUCAUCAUGCAGAACUUUCACUUCUUCCUGCUGUGCAUGCUGGGAGCUGCUUUUCUUUCCAGCGUCCUCUGCAACGAUGCAAACAUCGUCAGUCCAGACAACUGCUGCUUCAAAUAUUACCCAAGACGGAUGAACAAAAACCUGUUCAGAUCGUACGAGAUCACUGAUGAUCGCUGCCCAAAGAUCGGAGUCAUUCUGGUUACAUUAAAGUCUCGCACCAUCUGCGUGGAUCCCAACCUGACCUGGGUCCAGGACAUCAUGAGGCAUGUGGACGAAAGCUCCUUUUAAACCGAGCAGACCCCAGUGUGUCCAUCCAAGAUUACUGCAGCUUCUGUUUCUUAUCAUCAUAUCACAUGUAACUCACGAUCCUUUGUGGUCAUUAUGUUCGUAUCAAUGUGGAAAUCUGUCGCUUGAAAUAUAAGUUCAAGAUAAAGUCAGUUUAAUCCUAA